CAUAAGAAAUGUCAAACGGCACAGCUGUUUCACCGGUGGUCAAAUUAUUUGUCGCUGCAUUUUUUUGAUAAAUUUUGAAUUACUACAAAAAAAUAAUAAAAGUUUUUGAUUAAAUAUGUUGAAAACAUGGUGUAACAGUUCUAUUAAUCUGCUCAAAAGUGUAGCGACCGUGCAGCAGCAAGUGCGGACAACUUUUGUGUUGAAGCGCAAAUAUGAUCCAUUGUUGCAUAAAACGAACGCCAAACCCAAAAAGUUACGUGCUAAACACUUUAUUUAUGAGCUGGUUGAGGAUACAAAUGUGAAACGUCGGCCAAAUUUAGAAGUUGUGCUGAAAACCUAUGUGGAAGGUGUGGGCGAUAAGGGCGAUGUGGUAUCGGUGAGACCAAAUUUCGCAUACAAUAAAUUGUUGCUGCCUGGUUUGGCAGUAUACAAAACCGAUGAAAAUGUGGCGUUGUAUGCCAAAACGGAGGACGAGAAGAAAACUGUCAGCCAUAGCUCAGCAUUUGCGCAACGCACGGUAAAUGUUAUCGAACGUUUUACACUGGCAGUAGUUAUGAAUAAAGAUCAGCCAUGGGUUGUGGAACCAUGGCACAUAAAGGCGUCACUGCGGAAGGCCGGCAUCCAUUGUCCGGAAGAUUGCAUUACUAUGCCAGAAGCGCGCAUUGAAGGACCCGAUAUGAAUAAAGAGGGCAAAGAGUUUUAUUGCACCAUUACUGUAAAUAAUCUGGAAAAGGCGCGACUACGUUGUCGUAUCCAUCACUGGAGUACAGAUCCGAGCGAACGAUUACCGUAUGUUCCGGAAUAUUGGAAAAUGACUUCGGAACCGCUUUUCGGUAGUGAAAACUCUAAAGAAGCGCUCGCCGAAAAAGUAGAAGAAAAGUAGUAUAUGCAAUAUAAACAAUAAAAAUUCAUUAAACUACCUAUUAAUUAAA